UAAACUCUGAAAAAAAAAUUCUUGAUAAAAUUUAAAUAUUUAAAAUCAGUAUUAUAAAAAUGGUAUGAUACACUUCAAGGUGUUCUUCGAAUUUUUUAUAUUAAACUAAAAUUUUCUGAGAAAAUAUUCCUUUACGCGUAUUUAAUUAACAUAAUUUGGUACACAAUAUUCUUUGCUACUUUUUUACUUCGCGGUAUGAGGGUCAUUAGUUUUUUUGUCCCAUUAAAUUUUGUAAUUUUAUUUUAUGCAUAUUUUAUGUUAAAGGGAGUAAGGGAUGAAUCGAAAUGGAUGCUGUUCAUUGUAUAUUUUGGAAAUAUCUUUCAAGUUAUCUUAUUGUAUUUUACAACAAUUGAUUUUUGUUAUAAAACGAGUAAACCAUAUUCCUUAAAAUAUUGUUUUACAUAUGGUGCAAUUUUCAACAUAUAUUUAUGGACAACAAUAUUAUCUUGGAUAAUACUGAUUUUGUCAACAUUAAACACCAUAAGGUGUCAUAGUAAUUUUGGGAAAAAUCUUGGAGUUUAUCUAAGACAUGAACCAACACCUGAUGUAUUUAAAUCAAAAUUAGAAAGGAGAGAAAGCCUAACACCCAUAGACCUAAACUUGUAAUUUUAUAACUUAGGAUGAUAAAUAGAAUGUAAAAAAAAAA